CUUCAGGAGAGAUGUAAACGGAGAUGCCAGCAAGACAAAUCCCUCGUUCCCUUUUCCUGCAGCAUUUGGCAGCGACACUGGCUUGUCUGCAUUGUUCCGACGUCUUUCUACCCAAUAUAAUCUAAUGGUCAGGGCAAACAGGAAUGGAUAGGACGGCAACGGCCAGGGGACCGGUUUUGCCAGCGAGGCCAACAACGGAAAGAAACAGUCACCGGUCUGGUGGACAGAGCCAUAAGGUACCGGGUCGGUAUUCAGUGGAACUUUCUCAGAUUCCUUCGACGGGACUUUGUUCUAGAGCGCUUGAGAUGUCCCUCUUGACAUUACUGACCACAAGCUUUCGAUGGAGAGAAACAACUGGCGAUCCAAAGGGCUUCCUGACGUACAACAUGUGGGAGACCGGACCCAGGGUGACUGGGUUACCGUGGGCGCACUUUCACAGUCACUGAAAAUCACUCAACCUAACGGCAAUGUGCAAGCAGAGUGUGACAGCUGGCUUGCAAGUUGGGAUUUCACGUUGCCCCGAGUGCCCGCUUUUUUAUCCCUGGACAGUAUCUUCUCGAUCUCAAAAGGGCAGCAGCUCGGCAUCAACGGAACGUCGGUCUCUGCUCUUCAAAUGCGACCCAGCAGUGCACAUGUCGGCACUGGCUUCAGUCUGUGUCCUUUGAUAGGGGCGAUUCAAGAGGAGGAGUCCUGCGAUAUUGUUCGAGCGUAUCUGACCUAUUUUGCCGAGAUUUUGGGAUCAGACACGCCCAAGACUCGCUUGAAUGAUCGGCUUGAUGGCUGCCCUGGCAUCUUCUUUGUCGUCGACACUGGCAACCUGGAGAUGCUCAAACUGUGGACUUCCUACGCCGGAAACGCCGACCAAACUUACCGCAAAAUCCCAGUGCUCGGCUUUGCCAUUGCCCACUGCCAGGAAUUUCGACAGGACAUGCCCUUGGUAGUCAAAAACCAUGUUGAGUUCAGGAUGGCCAGUGGGUGUGAUUCCCCGCGCCUUCACGACUUAGAUGAUUUGGACGAUGCCAGAGUUUGGUGCUUGGCUGCUCCUGCUCGAAAGCGGAUUGCCCAAGCUCUGAAUCUCCGUUUCACCGUUCGAUAUGUCUUCCACUCUGCAUCCCGAGACGAGCGGCUCUCUGGCGCAAACAGAAAGCUUGCCGAGGUUCACAGGGCGAGCGAACUUCUCGGCAUUCGCUAUUUUCUGGUUGUCCAGACUCUGGCUUCUGGUCACCUGACUGAGCGUUUCCUGACGUACCUUGCUAUGCCCACUCCGCAGCCCCUGGUCUUGCCCUUCGCCGCCCCCAGUGGCCACGGCAAGACGGAAUUGGCCGGAAACCUUGGUCGGUUGCUCUCCUUGGGCCUCCACGGCGUCAAUUGUACGAGUUUCAGACUCGAGUCGAGCCUCUUUUGCCAGUGACCUGGCUCCGAAGAAUCCAGAACCGGGUCGGCGUACAAGAACUAUCUGGCCGAUUAUAGCGGUCGGCAUUGCAUUAUCUUCAUGGAUGAGUUCGAGAAGACAGAAGAUGGUGAACUGCUGCAAGGCUAUCU